CUCUUUAUAUCUCACCUAACCUUCUUGCAAAAGAAAAUAAAAAAUCCAUCUUACUAUUUCUCUUCUUUUUGAAGCAAACCCUCUUUGAUAACUAGGUCUACAGAGAUGGCAUCAAAAAAAGCAAGAAAACCAAACCGAACUGAUAAGAUACUCACAAGAAGCCAUUUCAAGAAACAGCUUCCACAGCACAACAACAACAACACAAGUACUACAACUCUCGAUCAAACAUCUGCAUCAUCUAGUCUCGUGUCUACAUGUUCUUCUUCAACGACGUCGUUUUCUCCUCCCUCUCCCUCCCCGGCGGUUCUAGGCUCUUCACCAGGCGGCGGCGGCGGCUGUUGUACUCCGAAAGCUCAGAAGUCUAGGAUACCGGAGAUGUUGACGUGUCCACCGGCGCCUAAGAAGCAAAGGGUCACAAAGAACUGCGUGUUAAGACGGAGGCAGAUCGUUUUCUUUGCUCCUCCGGAGAUAGAGCUCUUCUUCGUCAACGCACACGAUCGAUGAACUACUUUUUUAGUUAUGUAUUAAUUAGCUCUUUUUUUGCUUUGGUUAUAGGAUUAUUGAUGUAGAAAGUAGUAAAAGACGCUGAUGAAAAAAUUCAUCUCUUUGAUUUGUUAAUACAAUAACGAAGAGUAUAUUUAUUAUGUUUCGUGUGA